AUGGCGACAAUCACUAGUUAUAAUGUGGUUUGUCUGAUUUUGCAAGAUCCUGAUGGGAAAAUGAAUGUUCCUCCAACCUCAGAAAGCAGGCCUUAUCCUACAAACCCAAGACCUUAUUUUUAUACUCAGCCUGCAGCACCUCCGCCAUUCCCUAAUCCAUGGCUCGUUGGACCUAUGUACAAUCCCUAUGGCAUGCCUGCAUCCGGUUUAAGAAGUAGCAAUCCAUAUUUCCAAUGUUACUCAGUUCCUGCCCAUGAAUAUCCUGGAUAUUUAGUUCCACAGCCUCCUAUGCAUAUGAGAAUUAGAAGACCUUAUUUCAGUGGUCCUCCACCAUCACCCAUGGUGUAUCAAGCCCCACGGUUCAGGCAUGGUUAUCCCAUGACGUAUCAACCACAAAACCCAGUGAAAAGAACAGAGGACAAAGAAACUCAAACUGAUUUUGGACAAUCUGAAAGUGGAGCAAAAACAUCUGUGGAACAAGAUACAGGAACAAAAGGCUGUGAUGCUAGAAAUACUGCUUAUAUCGCAUCUGAUAUGCCUAAAGAAACUGAAAGUUUGUUAGAAAAAACAGAUAAAACAUCUUCUGUGUCAGACAAGGAACUUGCCAAGAACUCUUCAGGUCUUGUACCAUUUCGAAGUCUUCCCCCAACAGGCUAUGCCAUUGAGAAAGAGGAAGUUAGAAUACAAUAUGCAAAUGAUGGCGCUCCUGCCAUCCAGCUAUGGAAGUCUUUCAAAGAAACAAUCCCUCUCUAUGAGAUGGCACAGAAAAAUGUCCCAAAGAAUAUCAUGCAAAGAGAUAUGCUUGCUCGUAGCUCCUGUGAAGGAGGUGCAUAUGGGCCUCGCGAACAAGGAGAAUUGCUUCCAUAUAUUCCAUUUUCAGAGGAGCAGAAGGUUCCUGAGGACAUGCAGAAGAAACAGCCUCUAUGUAAAGACAAUCAAGAUUCAGAAAAACAAGGAGUUAUAAACUACAGAGCAAAGGGUCCAAUGGAUGAAGCUGGAACAGUGCAACUGGCUGAACCAACUGGGCCUGACUACUCAGGGAUAAGGCAGGAUGUACUGAUGGCCAAAAUACCUCCUGGUUUUAAAAAAUCAGGUGGUUUAAAAGCUCCACAAGAAGUUUCAAAUCUUAUUCGACAACGGAAAUUAUAUCCCUCUGGCAUGGAGAUGACAAAUGAUGCAUAUUUGCCUCAGAAGUUGAGUGAAUGUAAUGAUGUAAGCAAUAAAAACUGGAGUGCUUCAGAAAAAAUCCAAUGGUGUGAUGACUCUGAAAAAUAUCUUCCUUCUGAGAGCUGGUUGGCUUGUGUGGAUAACUUGGAUCCAAACUAUAACUAUGAAAAAUAUCUUUUCCGAAGAAAGCGUCCAAAUGUGCUUAGUAUUACCUCUGAUGAUAUGUCUUCUAUUGAAGAAGGCUCAUCAACUGAGAAUUCUUCAUUGUCUGCCAUAGUCCCAGACUAUUUGCUUCCAAAGACUCAUAUACCUUUAUAUGGCUUGGGAAUAGAUAAUAUAAGAAGUGGAGGCACCCUCAAUGAAGAUGAGGAAAUGAUGGGGUUUGAACAGGUCACUAGUGAGCAAAAUCAAAAUCUGAAGAGUGAUUCAAGAGUCAAGAUUAAAGAGAAUCCUAGCCAAAUCAAAAAGGUGAGCGUUCUUCCAAGAUGUUCCAGUGACAAGCGUCUCUAUUGUCUCCAAAAAAUAACAAAUUCAUCUCCAUCAGAUGCUGAUGAAUCUGAAGAAUAUUGGGUGAUGGAACCAGAGGAAUAUGAAGAAGAAGAAACUGAUGAGGAAUAUUUUGUUGAAGAAGAAAUGCCAUAUGAAAUCCUGAAUUCAGACAAAAUUAGAUUGGGCCAACAGACUUCCCAGCAAGCAUUUUGGAGAAUCCCUAAAAAUGCAGCACCACCACAUGUAAUUAACUGGCCUGUGCAAGAAAAAAUGUCUGGGUUGCCUACUAAACGGCAGAAGGAGCAAGAUGAAGAUCUCUGUGAUGAUUAUAACAUCUGCUUGGUGAGACCUACAGCCCAACAGCUAGAAUUACUUGAACACAGAAAAAAUCUACAGAAAUGUUCAGGUAAAUAG